AAGAAACAAUAUUAAACAUUUAGCCAAUAGGUCCUAGGUAACAUUUGCACGGAUCAACGGCUGUACCUAUAACAAAUUUCAAAUUCAAGGUGUUUAAUGCAUAUUAUAGUUACUAACAAUCGUGGAUAAUUCGUGUAGAAAUAAAUGAAUUGGUACCUAUAAUAAUAAAUUAUUAUUUUAGUAUUAGACUCGAGAAUCGGUUUCCGUGAAGGUCUCCGUCGAUGCGUUUGUAGGUCACACGCCGCAACCGGCCGCUUGGGGCACGUCGGUCAGCCGGCCGGGGCGGAUUACGAGUCAUCCACACCGCCGCGCCGGUGUUUAUGUUUUUUUUACGGUGAACCUUUCAUUUCGCGUACCAGUGAUAGUCUUAUCAUUCUCGUGUGAUCCGUCUGGUGCUCGUCGUGCUCGUCGUAUCUAACCGGAAUAAUUUAAAACCAUAAUAAUAAUAUUAUUAUUGUUACGAUACAUUAAUUAUUAUACCUGUUAGUUUUAUUUUUUCGCUUCGCCCGACAGUCGAAAUGAAACGUUGAACGAUACAACCGAUUAAUUGACUUCACCACACGUUGAAUCGGACACGAACAUGAAGAACCGGCAUAGCACCGCGGACGUGCAUUCAACGGAUGAACCACUUUUCGAUCCGUGUCCGUCGUUUUUGUGCUUUUGCGUUUCACAUGCAUUCAGGGUACACGCGAACAAAUGGUUGACAAAGUGACCGAAAUAGUCAAUUUUGUAAUGGCGAUCGAUGGCGUGUUUAUUGCCCAUUACAUAUUAUAACGAUGCCGUAACUAAUAAUAAUAUACAUAUAUGGUAUUAUAAUAUGUUCUGCGAUCGUGUAUAUAUAAAUAUAGACGUGGUGCGGACGCUGCGGCAGAAAAUCAUCGCCGUGCGCCGGAAGCUGGGCAUCGGCGUGUGCUUGCGCACCGUCGUGUUGAUAUUUUGUCUCACGUUCUUCUGGGUACAGAUGCAUAUGUCUGACGUGGCCGACAACGAGACGAUACAGAUACUGGCCAAGCCAGACGGACUGCUAGAUGCUAAUGAUUCCAUGUUGCAACUGGUUCCACAGCAUUUGCACAAGUACUUGGUCGCGUUGCCCCAGCGUGACCGUCCGCACCAGGCCAUACUGCCCGGAAAUGCCAGCGAACACAUCGCGACGGCGGUCAGUCUGAACGCAUCCGAAAUACGACGUCUGAUUGAUCAGCAAAACUCCAAGCAGGUCGUUCUCAACGAAGACGUAUACGGCCCGUUACAAAACGAUUCUCUAAUCAUUGUCAUUCAAGUCCACACGCGUAUUAUGUACCUUCGGCACACCAUAGUGAGUUUGGCAAGAGCGCGAGGCAUCGAAAACGCGUUGCUAAUAUUCAGUCACGACCACUAUGACGAACAAAUAAACGAACUGAUACAGAUGAUCGACUUUUGCAAAACCAUGCAAAUAUUCUAUCCGUAUUCUAUACAAACGCAUCCGGGUUCGUUUCCCGGUGAAUCUCCGGAAGACUGCCCCAGAGACAUUGCCAAAUCAGAUGCGAUUAAACGGAAGUGUAUCAACGCUAUGCAUCCGGAUCAAUACGGUCAUUAUCGAGAGGCAAAAUUCACCCAAACCAAACAUCAUUGGUGGUGGAAAGCAAAUAGAGUGUUCAACGAGUUGGACGUCGUCAGUAAUUACUCGGGCCCGAUUUUAUUUUUGGAAGACGACCAUUAUGUAGCAGAAGAUUUCAUAUACAUGUUAAAGUUGAUGGAAAAAUCGUGUAGCGUAGCGUGUCCGCAGUGUAGUAUGUUGUCGUUGGGAACAUACUUGAAAACGUAUAAUUUUUACGGAGAAGCAAAGAAGGAUAUUUUAAGGGUAAUACGUCGACAGCAAAUAUUUGCUGCAGAAUUAACACCACCGUCUUGGAGUUUUAAAAUAGUUCCUUCAUUUUCACAUUAUGAUAAGGCCGAAAUUUCUCAAUGGAUUAGCAGCAAGCAUAAUAUGGGUAUGGCGUACAAUCGGACUGUUUGGAAACAGUUUGUAGAUUGUGCCGACACAUUCUGCAAGUAUGAUGAUUACAACUGGGAUUGGAGUCUCCAGAGUGUAUCCAAUAAUUGUCUUAGCCAUGAAUUUAAAGUGUUUGUACUCAAAGCUCCUAGAGUGUUUCACAUUGGUGAAUGUGGUGUUCAUCAUAAAAAAAGUUGUUUUGAUAUGGCGCUCAUAGCUAAAGUUCAAAAACUGCUUAGUUCGGUGUACAAAUAUUUAUUUCCAGAGAAGUUAGAAGUGACCUAUGCUCCAAUCAAAAAAAAAGUACUGCGCAAAGGAAAUGGUGGAUGGGGUGAUGUGCGUGAUCAUGAACUAUGUUUGCGAAUGGUAAACCGCCAAUGGUGACAUUUGGCAGUUAGUAUUUAAUAUUUAUUAUAUUAAAGAAAUAGAUCAAGUUCCUAUAUAUCAUGGGAGUAUAGACCUCCUAAAUGCAUAGACAUAAUACUCAAUAUUGUAAUAUAUUCCUUUUCAAAAGAGAACAUACCGCUUACGCGUAUGUCAAAAUGAUUCAAUUGGUGCGUCGAAAACCACUUGAUAACGCUAACAACGGAAAAUUGGUAGGGGAUGCGUGCCGUUGGACUUAAACUGGUCACCGACCUGUAUGUUCUCUUUUGAAACUGAGUAUAGGUUUUGUUAUGUCUAUACUUGAACCAAGUCUUAUUUAUUUUAUUUUGUUGUUUUUUUUAUUAUUAUUAUUAUUAUUAUUACCUAUUUAUUUAUUUUUAAUUAUUAUUAUUUUUUUAUUGGGUGAAGUUUGAUUUUUAUGUAAUGCGUUGCCAUAAUAAAUUACGCUCAAGAGUUUUUAUUUUUAUGUAGUACGGCAACUAUUAUAAGUUAUGUUUAAGGCUCGAUAACUAAUACAUUAUUUAUAUUAAUGUAGUUACGAUAUUUUUUUAAAUGUCACUGUUGGUUUGACUAUUUGGUGUGAGUUUAUAUACUCCAGUGAUUUUAGAAAUGUACUGUCGGCAUAACUGAUAAGUUUUAUAUUGACACAAAAAAAAAUAUAACUUUUUCCAAUUUAAUAUACCAAUUUUUGUAUGGUUUUCAGAGUUUUUUAUCAAUGGAGUACAUUUUAAUGUGGUAUAUAACUGUAUUUUGUAAUACAAGUUUACACUUUUGCAUUUUUAAUUUUAUUUCAUUAUUUUGCUUCAGCAUUCCACUUCAUUAAGCAUAUUAUUAAAACUAGGAUAUAAAUUAUAAUUAAAAUGUGCAACUUUGAGAUUAAUUUUCUAGUCAUUUGAAGUUAAUAUUUAACUUUUAGGUACGUUAUUUUCCAACUAUCAAUAGUCAUUAUGUUAAGUUUCAAAUGUGGUUGUAAUCUGCAAGAAUUACAUGAAAAUAAAUUUAUGAAUUCUUUA